AUGAGCAAGACUCUCACCGCCAAGGAGGUGUCCGACCACGCAACGGCCGACUCUGCCUGGGUCAUCGUCGACGGCGGCGUGUACGACGUGACCGAGUUCGUCGAGGAGCACCCCGGCGGCAAGAAGGUCCUCCUCAAGGCGUGCGGCAAGGACAGCUCGAAGCAGUUCUGGCAGUUUCACAACGAGAAGAUCCUCAAGAAGGUCGCGGCGCAGUACCGCAUCGGCUCGGUCGGCGAGACGUCCAAGCUGUAG